CGCCGGGAGCAGGGUCCGGCCGCCCCCUCCGCCGUGCCCGGGGAGCCGGGGGUCGGUCCGAGCCUCUCCCGGGCCCGCCACCGGUGCCCCGGGCUCCCCUCGCGGGGCCGGCUCCGCGCAGCGCCGGUCCCGGCACCGGGGGGGGGGGCAUAGCGGGGUCGGGGGCAGCCACGUGCCCCCCCCCCCCCCCGUCCCCACGGCUGCCAGGCCUGGCCCGGGCACCACACGUCCCUGCUGGCGUCACGCGGGUCCCCUCCGGUCAUCUUCGUCACCAUGGCGACCGGGACCGGGGCUGCAUUUUGGCGGUGCUCGUCGGGCUCUGCAGGGACAGCGUCGGGCGACUGACAGGGUCUUUGCGCCACCUCCCUGCUCUGCGGUGCCAGGGCGCGAAUGCCCCGUUGUGCGCGGCACCGGCUGGGCUCGGGGACCGGUUUGCCACCAGCUCAGCUCCGUUCGCCCUAAGAACCGCGGGGCCCGGAGCCGCCGGGCGGGGGGAGCAGCUCCCCCGGCCCCUCGGCCUCUCUCCCUCUGCCCCGGGGUGCUGCACGUGUCCGCGCCCUGCGCUGGCACCUUCCCCACCCCUGGGCUGCGAAGCGAGUGUGACGCACGCGGCCGCGGCCUCUUCCUUCCCCUUUCGCUCUGUUUGCUCACUUGCUGCGACUCGCCGGAGCGGAGCCUAGGCCUGGGGGACGCCUGGGAGCUGCCUGGGCAAGCGGGGGUCCGGGGCACGUGGGCAGGGGCCUGUGAGCAAGGGGCCGGUGCUUCGCCAGGGGCCAAGGACAUGCGUCAGGGUCCUGCCUGGCUUGGGGGCUGCCUGAGGUCUGGGGGAGCCUGGUGCACCCCGGAGCAGGGGGUGGGGUGUCCCUCGGCUCCCACUCCGCUGUCUCCCAGCCAGGCUCCCACCGAGCUCCCUGGUGGGGGCAGGAAGCAGGAAGGCCCUUCCCUUCCUCGGCACUUUCGCCUGGCCUGCGGCUUCCCGCUGCGCCGCGGGCGGCUGGGCCUUCCAGCCUGGAGGCGGCACUGCGGGCACGGCCCCCGUGUGCUCCGUGGUUCCGGCCCGUGUGACGUGGUCCCCAUUUCCCCCAGAUGCCGUGACACACCGCCACCAUGUCGGACGAGAAGCCGCCGCAGCUGGUGGACUACUUUGUGGUGGCUGGGCUGACAGAUGCCUCCAAGUUGCUAGAGGAGGAGACGCAGCAGCCGCGGCCAGCCCGGCCUACUGAGCCCAUCACCGAGGUGGCUGUCAUCAUCCGCUCGCAGGGCGAGGAGGUGCCUCAGGGGUUCACCUGCAUCGAGACCACCACCUCCGGGCACCCCGUCGACCUCAAUGCCGGGCUCCUCAACAACCCCCAGAUGUACCUCUGCUACAAGCGGGGCCGUGACAAGCCCCCCAUCAUCGAGCUGGGGGUGCACUACGAAGGCAAGGAGCACCCAAAGCCAGGCUACAAGGUCGUGGACACAACGCCCUACAGCCGCUCGGCCAACCUCACCUCAGGUGGUCCUGGGCACCAGCGCACCUUCGUGGCCUACCGCCGGGCAGCCGAGAGCCAGGGCCACAACACCCUGGGUGUCACCGACAUCUGCCUCAUCAUGCCCAGCAAGGGCGAGAGCACCCCCCACACCUUCUGCCGCGUGGACCGCAACCUCAACACCGGCAUGUGGGGCCCAGCCUUGUUCCUGUGCUACAAGAUUGCCAUGGCCAAAGCCAACACCCUGGUCUACGAGGCAGGGCUCCUGAGCCGCUACCCCGAGCAGGACAGCGAGUCGUUCCCACUGCCUGAGUCGGUGCCCGUCUUCUGCCUGCCCAUGGGUGCCACCAUCGAGAGCUGGCCCGAAAACACCAAGUACCAGCUGCCCGUCUUCUCCACCUUCGUGCUGACCGGGUCCUCUGGCGACAAGGUGUAUGGGGCAGCCAUCCAGUUCUAUGAGCCCUACCCACGGGACUGGCUGACUGAGAAGCAGGGGCUGCGGCUGGGCCUGCUCAGCGUGGUCGACCGGCGCCCCAUCGCCAGCAGGUCGGUGCAGAUGCGCAAGAGCAUCUGCGUGCUCUCACACUGGCCGUUCUUCGAUGUCUUCCGCAAGUUCCUCAUGUUCAUCUACCGCUACUCCAUCUCAGGGCCCCACGUUCUGCCCCUUGAGACGCACAUCUCUCACUUCAUGCACAAUGUGCCCUUCCCAUCUCCCCAGCGCCCCCGUAUCCUGGUGCAGAUGUCUCCGUAUGACAACCUGCUGCUAUGCCAACCCGUCUCCUCCCCUCUGCCCCUCAGCGGUGCCAGCUUCCUGACACUGCUGCAGAACCUGGGCCCUGAGAAUGCGGUGGCACUGCUGCUGGUUGUGCUCACUGAGCAGAAGCUGCUUAUCCACUCGCUGCGCCCCGAUGUGCUGACCAGUGUGGGCGAGGCCCUUGUCUCGAUGAUCUUCCCGCUGCGGUGGCAGUGCCCCUACAUCCCACUGUGCCCACUGACACUGGCUGACGUGCUUUGCGCGCCCGUGCCCUUUAUCGUGGGCAUCCACUCCAGCUACUUCGAUCUCUAUGACCCGCCCCAUGAUGUCGUCUGCGUCGAUCUCGACACCAACACCAUCUUCCAGAGCGAGGACCGAAAGGCACUGUCCCCCCGCACCCUGCCUCGCAAGCCCUGCAAGGUGCUACUGGCCUCGCUGCAUGCCCACUUCCAGCAGCUGGAUGAGAUGUACAACAGGCCAGUGGAGGAGGCGUCACUGGAGUUCCUGCUCACCGACUACGACCUGGUGUAUGGGCGGCGCAAGCAGCUGGAGCUGGAAAUCCGGGCGGCUUUCCUGCGCUUCAUGGCCUGUGUGCUUAAGGGCUACCGUGCCUACCUGCUGCCCAUCACCCAGGCACCCUCCGAGAAGACCCGUGACUCCAGCAACCUCUUCUAUCUGCAGGGCUUCCUGAAGUCCCGGGACCGAGCCUACCACAAGUUCUACACACAGCUGCUGCGCACGCAGCUCUUCACGCAGUUCAUUGAGGACUGCUCCUUUGUCAGUGACCGCCACACUGGCCUCGAGUUCUUCGACACCUGUGUUGACAAGGUGCAGGUGGACCUGGAGAAGCCAGAGGACAUGCCACUGAUGGAGCUGGACGACUCCCUGGGCAGCGAGCACACCGUCUUCAUCAUGCCCCCCGAGGAGCCCAUGGGUCCUGACGGUGCCGAGCUGCCAGCACUCUACUACUAUGAUGGGUUCCCUGUGCUCCGGGCUGAGCUCUUCGAGCGCCCCCAGGACCAGCUGAUGGCUCAGCUGUGCCAGGCCAAGACCAGUGCCCCCAGCAGCCCUGCCCCACGCCGCACCAAGCAGGAGAUGAAGGUGGCGCAGCGUGUGGCCCAGAAAUACUCAUCGGUGCCUGACAUGUGGGCCAAGUGUCUGCUGGGGCACUGCUACGGGCUCUGGUUCAUCUACUUGCCCACUUACGUGCGGGCCGCUCCCUCCAAGGUGCGGGCACUGCAGAUGGCCUACGACGUGCUCAAGCAGAUGGAGGCCCGCAAGGUGGUGCUGCCCGACGAGGUGUGCUACCGGAUCCUGAUGCAGCUGUGCGGGCAGUACGGUGAGCCGGUGCUCUCAGUGCGCGUCCUGCUGGACAUGAAACGGGCGGGCAUUGUGCCCAACACCAUCACCUACGGCUACUACAACAAGGCAGUGCUGGAGAGUAAGUGGCCAUCAAGCUCACAGGGUGGGCGCAUGCGCUGGGCCAAGCUGCGCAACGUGGUGCUGGGUGCAGCGCAGUUCCGGCAGCCCCUGCGCCAGCGGCAGCAGCCGCCACCGUCACAGGCAGGUGUGUGGGGGGAGGACAGGGCCAUGGGGGGGCAUAGCCCAGCCGAUGCCCAACGGCCUGUUCCUGGCCUGUUCUCAGAGUGCCAGGCCCCUGCCCCUGUCCGCCCACACUCCAGCCUGCAGCGUCAGACCACCUGGGCCGGGCGCAGCCUGCGUGAGCCCCCACCUGCUGCCUCCCUGACCAAGAGCGGCAGCCUCAGCUUCCCCCACAGCGAGCCCUCCACGCUGGAGACUGGCGUGGCUCACAUGCUCAAGGCCCUGACAGUGCUGGAGCCCAGCGGCGAUGGGCCAUCCGCCCUGCCUCCCUGGCUGCAGCAGCUGCGAGAUGCAGCCCCCAGCUCGGAGGAUGGGAGCCUGUCGGACAUCAGCUUCCUGACGGAUGAGAGCGACCGGCUGACACUGGACAGCAGUGAGGGGCUGCCGGGUGCUGAGGGGCUGGAGAUGUCAGGUGCCCGGGGCUCCAAGCCGGGCCGCCGGGAUGAGAACCACAACAGGCUGGCAGGGGGCACGCCACGUCGAGGGCUAGCUGCCAAGCUGCAACAGCUGCUGUCCCCGGCCAAGCGGCCCUCGCUGCGGCACACAGCCAGCAUGGAGCAGCCAAGCAGUCUGCGCGACCCCGGGGCCCUGCGCCGCGCCUCUGAGCAGCGGGAGCCACCGCCCCGCCGUAGCCCCAUGGAUGGCCUGCUGCACCCCCGCGAGCGCCCCGGCUCCACUGCCUCUGAGAGCUCUAUCUCCCUGGGCAGCGAGUUCGACCUGUCGGAUGUGUCGCUUGGCAGCUUCAGCCUCCGCAAGUCCUCGGACCUGGUGACAGAACCAGUGCCGGCGCCUGCCCCCGAGGGGCCCCCUGUGGAGAUCCUGCUGUCCAGUUGCUCGCUGUGCCAGAGCUGUGACGCUCUGGUGUACGAUGAGGAGGUGAUGGCUGGCUGGACCUCGGAUGACUCCAACCUCAAGACGGCCUGCCCUUUCUGCACCCGCUCCUUUGUGCCCUUUCUCAGCAUUGAGAUCCAGGACUUCCAGCAGCAGCAAGACAUCUCUGACAGCUGCACCGGCUCCUCCGGGACCUACCGGGAUGGCUCAGGGCUGCCCUCUGGGGGCCAGGGCCCGGUGCUCAGUGACCGCUACCACUGCCUGGCCCUGGACGAGGUUGAGCCAGAACCUGGGACUGCCCGCACGCUCUGCAACGGCUGCGCCGAGUACCCGGUGCCAAGGGGCCCCCCGCAGCGGGCAGAGGUGGUGAACUUGGCCUACCUGAGCCCCCUGGUGCUGCGCAAGGAGCUAGAGAGCCUGCUGGAGAACGAGGGUAGCGAGUUUCUGGCCCAGCCUGAGCUGGUCGACAGCCACCCCAUCAUCUACUGGAACCUGGUCUGGUUCUUCCAGCGCCUGGAGCUGCCCAACAACCUGCUGCAGCUGGUCCUGGCCUCCAAACAUGUUGCGCCUGUGCCCCAGGCCCUGGAUGCGCCCCCAGUGUGCGUGCGCCUGCUCUGGGAUGUCCUGACCCCUGACCCAAGCUGCUGCCUUCCACUCUACAUGCUCUGGCGGCUCCACGGCCACAUCCCCACCCGCCUGCCAGGCUGGCAGCACCGUGACCCUAAUCGUGACCACCCCUUCACACUGAGCUUCCUGGAGGCAGUGCUGAACCAUGUGGGGCUGGGUGAAGUGCACAAGGCCAUCGCCCUCUUCCUGGAGGCCCAGCCCCCGCCCCAGCGCAUGCAGAGGAGCAUUUACCGAGAGAUCCUCUUCCUCACCCUGGCUGCGAUGGGCAAGGAUCACGUGGACAUCGCUGCCUUCGACAAGAAGUACAAGUCGGCCUGCAGCAAACUGGCAGCAGGCAGCGUGGGCAAGGAGGAGCUGCGGAGGCGGCGGGCACAGCCGCCCAGCUCUAAGGCCAUUGACUGUCGCAAGAGCUUUGGGCACACAUUGGAGUGCUAGCAUCAUGGCUGCCCCCUCCCUGCCACACGCCAGAAGGAAUUCAGGGACUGCCCUGAGGGCUCCGGAGGGGCUGGCCCAGGGGAAGGACGCUGGGGCCCACGGCAAAGUUGAUACCAAAUCAUGAGCCGCCUCUUGCCUUCCUGGGGCAGGGGCCAUGCUCCUCCAUCCCCUGCCCCAGGAGGGGGUGGGCCUCGGAUUGCCCUUUCCCCCCACACCCAGAUGGCACUUUAGCCUCAGUUUAGCCUGGCAGGCAGCAUCCUGCUAGCCUGGCUCUGCGGCGACCGGGGGAAUCUUGGCACAGCCCGUUCCAUGCCUGCCGGGCUCCACUGCCCACCCCCCACGGCCCUGUACUCAGCCUAGCGGGGCAGCUGAGACUCUGCUCUGAGUGAAGCCCCCCCUGCCUCAGGUGGGGACAGAGGCAGCUGCACCCUCCCCUGCACUGCUGGGGUCCCCUUGCACUGUACACUGAUGGGGCAGCCCUGUGCAGCCCCUGCCCUGCCCCCCAGCUCCAUGGGUGGACAGAGCAAGGCCCCAGGGCCCCUGGCAUGGCCCCGUUGCCAGCCACCCUGCAUGUGACACUCACACUGAUAGUGAACUGGACAGACACAUGAAUGGGCGGCAUCCAGCCCCAGCCCCCAGAGCUCUCUAUUUUUGGACACUGUUAUUUUGGGGGGAGGCGGUUUUCUCUCUCUCUGUUGGUUUUUUGUUUUUUUUUUUACGUCGGUGUUAAUAUAUUUUUUUAAUUUAUUUAUUCCCAACCCCCACGCCUGCCCCUGCUUGUGCUGUAACAGCUGGGAUGCUGCCCUGGCCCCCGCAGCCUCCCUCCUGGAAGGGGCGGGGCGUGGGGGAGACACCCCAACCCAGUGGCCUUGAAACCCCUCAGCUCAGCGCCCCCCCCCCCCGUCUGCUUCUGCACUGGAACCCCCCUCCCUCCCCCCCGGCGCGGCGGGGAAGGGGCUGGGGGAGGCUGGGUCGUGCUGGGGGCUUUCUCUGGGGUUCACAUUGUGCAAUACGGCGCCGCCCCUAUGGUGGGUUUUGGUUGGGUUUGUAAAUAAAGCCGCUUCAGUAUUUUUCUC